GUCCGCUCUCUGGGAGGAGGAGAGCGACUGCAGUGUUGUUAGUUUGAACAAAAUGGCUGCGAGACCACUGUCAACGAGAGCUCACUGAACGCCUACCAUGACUGUCCGCUCCACUAUCUGGAUCCACACAGAAUGUAUUUCCCAGGAGUCGUUUCUCACUUUGCAUUCGCGGUAGCCAGCCUGUUGCUAGUCGUCCAGUUGGCGACCUAAACAAAACCAUUUAUUUUGCACUUUAAAACAAGUUGGCUGGCUGGCUGACGACCGUCGGCUUGCUCCUAUGCGCGAGAACUCAUCAGCGAUUUUUUAACGAAAACUGCCUGAUUUUCCCCCCUUUUGCAAAACCUCGCAACGAUUGACGAGUUACAACGUCAACCAGCUACCGUCAGCUUGCAUUAUUUAGCUGCUUUUGAAAGUGAUUUUAUUCGUGUUAUUUUUUUUGUUUUUGUUAGUGGUGCUUCGUUCCCCUCCCCGCCCCCCAGUAUAUCGCGACGUUUUAACAAACUGUUUUUCGACUAGUGUAAUUUCAUGGAAUAUUGUACAUUUUCUUUGCUUAAAGUAUAAAUUACCUUACUUGCUGGGUGUCUAUCUGGCUCAGUAGCCGUUGUUUACCUCGGUAUCACCAAGCUGCUGCAGCAGCAGUAGUCGGCUUAUCUGCCAAAUCUGACUUUAAUUGCGACUGAAUCUCUGCUCCAUCUUUUUACGGGUAACUUUAGAAAAGACAUCGAAGAAUGCUUUUCUGCAUAUUUCUUUCUGACGUGCACCGACUCUUCACUGAAAGCUGCCAAAACUGUGGUUAACGCAAGCUGAGAGAAGCUAGCAACAGAAGAAAGAGAACCAUUUGAUGGAAGAAAAGAAAAAGAAAAAACAAGAAGAAAAGACCAAAACGGACAUUGCUCAGAAAAAGGCUUCUGAUCAGAAACCCAAAGUGCCAGAGCCUGCUCCCACUAAGCCCAGUCCCGGCCCACCCCACCACCUCCACCUCGCCAGCCCUACGCUGCCCCUCUUCUCCUCCUCUUCUUCUUCUUCUGGCAAUGGCAAGCGCGCCUCCUCCAGUAGCCAACUCCCGACUCAGACUCCCCCUCAGCCGCAGUGCCAGUUGUCCUCUGCCAGUGCUCGUUACCCGCCCAGAGAGGUGCCCCCGCGCUUCCGCCAGCAGGAGCACAAGCAGCUACUGAAGAGAGGCCAGCCACUGCCUGCAGAAACCCUCGGCGCGCUCACCCUCUGUUGUUCCUCUUCCUCCUCCUCUUCGCCUUCAUCUUAUUCUUAUUCUUCUACGAUUACCAGCAGCAGUUCCCCAAACUCUACCACGUCCACUGCAAGCAAACACCACCCAGACAUAUCCCUUCAGAGUGGCUCUGUUCCCCAGUAUGAGACCUCUCAUUGGGGAGCCUCUUUGCCAGUUGACAGCUCAUUCAGUGCCAAUAGCUGGGACGAAGUGAUUAUUGACAAAAGUGACACAGAACCUUGGCCCUCCAUCAACUGCACUAGUGACCCCAGCCACCCCAGAGCACCAGAAUGCCCCUUGGGCUCAGCUAGCUCUAACGCAGACAACAGUGCUGUCACUACCACCACCAGUUUUCUGAGCAUGGCCACAGGUGCAGCAGGCCAGCAGGCCCACUACCCUUCUCUUAAAGCUAACAAUAACAUGAUGACGGGACCUGGGUCAGCCAACACAUGUGGUAAUAGAGGCUGGUGCUCAGAUGGGAAACAAGAUGGUAUGAAUGGUGGCAGAGUAGGAGCGCCCAAUAACUGGGGCUCUCCCAAUUUUAACUUGAACCUCAAUCCCAAUGCCAACCCAUCGGCCUGGCCUGUUCUGGGACAUGAGGAGGGUGGGGGUUGUAGUAUUGGCCCCAACGCUGUGUCAAACUCCCAGUCCCUCCCACCAUGUAUUAAUGGCAAUGGAAACAUGGGAAGUGGGAGCCAGGGAGGUGGAGAUAAUGCCGGGGGAGGUUGGAUUGGCAUGAUAAGUGCUAAUGAAAAUGAUCAACAGCACCCCUCAGCCAACACAAGCUUGUCCUUUAAAAUGGAACCUUCUAACCUUAACACUGAUGGACCAAACCACACUAAGCAGCAGCAAGCUCAUGAGCCUAUGAGCCCUAUCCAUGGGUUAACUGGCUGGGGAGGCCAGUCACCCACUGAAUCAUCCCAGCUCAAUGGGGACACAACAGGCAGCUCUGUAUGGGAUAGUGCUGAAACCAAGGCAGCUGACUCUCCCAAGGACUCAGGCUGGGACUCAACCCCUUCUGCAGGUCUUUCUGCCUGGGGCCGCCAAGGCAGUGGUGGGGGAAGUAGUGGAAGUGGUGGCUGGGGUGACUGGGGGAAAUCUUCUGGGGGCGGAGAUGCAUCUAAAGGCUGGGACUCAGUGGACGCUGGUAGUUCUGGUUCAGGCCAAGAGCAGCAACUUAGCUCAUGGGGCCAGCAGCCCAGAACAGCCCCAGCAAGCGACGGUAGCGGGGACAGCAGCGAAAGUAAAUCUGGUGACAGAGACAGGUCCAGCACGGAUUGUACCCCUCUGUUCCCCCGGCAGGACCUGGACCCUAGGGUGCUGAGUAAUACGGGUUGGGGACAGACCCCCAUCCGGCAGCACACUGUAUGGGAGAUGGAAGAAGCCAAUUUUGAGGAUGGGAAGAGCAAAAGUAGCUCAGAUAGCAUUGGAGGCUCCACCUCUAAUGGUGGACCCUCAUCCAUUAAUGGAGGUAUCAUCAACUCGAAAAUUUGCCCCAGUCAGAGGCCUCGGUCUGGAGAAAAAAGUGACAGUGAUGGAUCAUCAUCCUCAGGCUGGAGAGCCCCUCCACCUCAGCCUAUCCAGACUGGAUCUCGAUGGGGGGACCCCCCACAGUCACUCAGCAAUGCACCAAAUGGCACUAACAGUGGCUGGGGUGACCCUUUGCCUUCCAAUGGUCCUAGAAAUGGAGGCACACCAUCCUGGAGUUCUGAGGAAAAGUCACCUAGUUGGGAUGAUGGCCAGAAGAAAAAUCAGCCUACUAGCUGGGGUGAAGGCCCCAAAAGCUCCCCUGGAUGGGGCAACAGUAAUGGGGGCUCCAAUGGCUCCAGCACAGGGGAGUGGGGAGAGCCGGAGGUCAAGAAGAACGGAUCCUCCAGCAGCAUGUGGGAAGGAGAAGGAGGAAAUGGAGGAAGUGGUGGAUGGAAAGAAAGCCCCAGGGGAGGAAAUAGAGGAGGAGGCUGGGGUAAGCCUGCUCCUACUGUGAGCAAUACCAGUUGGGGGGAGACCCCACGUGCCAAUGGCCCUGUACAGGGAUCAUGGGGCUCUUCCAAGCCCCAGGAAAGCAGCAGCAGCAGCACUGGUAGCGGAGGAGGUGGAAGCAUGGGUUCAUGGGGUGGGCCUGCUACUGUGAAGCAGAACACAUCAAGCUGGGGCAAUGGCGGCAAACAGGACCAGGUCAUGGAUCCCACCGGCUGGGAAGAGCCCUCCCCUCCCUCCAUCCGCAGGAAAAUGGAGAUUGACGAUGGAACUUCCACCUGGGGCGAUCCCGACACCUACAACAAGACUGUCAAUAUGUGGGAUCGCAAAAAUCCCAAUAAUAACACAGGCAACAGCGGACCACCUUCCAACAAGAAUGGUGGAGGGAUUAACCCCAACAAUAACAACAACAAUCAUUCUGUCGGCCCUGGCAACAACAAUCACCAUCACACUCACCACAUGCACCACCAUCCCCAUCAUGGCCAGCCCCCAACUCACCUGCAACACCAUGGAAACAACAACGGGUCAUCCAGUAAUGGCCCCCCACAUCCAAGUGUGGGGACCCAGGGUAGACCCCCCCUCGCCAACCCAGGUUGGGGAGAGCUUCCGAGUGUUCAACCCAAGUCGGAGCCUGCUUGGGGAGAGCCAGCCGCUCCAAUAUCAAGUGUGGACAAUGGCACCUCUGCCUGGGGCAAGCCCUCAGGGGGAGUAGAAAGAUGGGGAGAUGGUGGCCAUGAGCCCUCUGGACCCUAUGGCAGGGCCAACGGACCCACCAGUUCUGCACCUUGCAAGCCAGGCCCCAAACCUAUGCAAGAUGGCUGGGGAAAUGGUGGAGAGGAGAUGGGCAUGUCUACCGGCCAAUGGGACACUGAGGAUGGGGACAUGUGGAACAGCCCCACCUCCCAGGAGAGCAGCUCUUCUUGCAACUCCUGGGGCAAUGGACCCAAGAAGGUCCCGAGCAAGGGGAAGAUGGGCAAGCCAGAUGAUGCAUGGAUCAUGAACCGUCUGAUCAAACAGCUCACUGACAUGGGCUUUCCGAGAGACCCUGCUGAGGAGGCUUUGAAGAGCAACAACAUGAACCUUGACCAGGCCAUGAGCGCCCUGUUGGAGAAGAAGAUGGACCUGGACAAGCGGGGCAUGGGCAUGUCUGAUUACAGUAAUGGCAUGAACAAGCCGAUGGUGUGUCGGCCCUCUGCACUCUCCAAAGACCCCUCCGAACGCAACUCCUUUCUUGAUAAGGAUGGUAUUCUGUCAGAUGAUGCCCCCACAUCACCGUUUCUGCCUUCCCCCAACCUGAAGCUACCCCUGGCCAACAGUAGCCUUUCUGGGCAGGGUCUGGGACAGGGCAACCCGGGGUUGGCCAUGCAAAACUUGAACAACAGACAGAUACCCAGUGGAAUGUUUGGCAGUAGUGGAGCAGCACAAACCCGGGCCAUGCAGCAGCAGCCUCCUCAGCCACCAGUGCCACCUCUUAGCUCCUCCCAGCCUAGUCUACGUGCUCAAGUGCCUCAGUUUCUCUCCCCUCAGGUCCAAGCACAGCUCUUGCAGUUUGCAGCAAAAAAUAUUGGUCUGAACCCUGCACUUUUAACCUCACCAAUAAACCCUCAACAAAUGACCCUCUUGUACCAACUUCAGCAACUGCAAAUGGCAUACCAGCGUUUACAAAUCCAGCAGCAGAUGAUGCAGGCGCAACGCAAUGUUUCCGGCCCCAUUAGACAGCAAGAGCAGCAAGUUGCACGUACAAUCACCAACAUGCAGCAGCAGAUCCAGCAGCACCAGCGUCAGCUGUACCAAGCGCUGCUGAUGAAGCAGCAGCAACUUCCCUCCCAUUCCUCUUCCUCCUCCGCUGGUCUGCAUCCCUCCGGUGGCCCCGCCGGAGUCCAUGGUUCCGGAAAAUCAAACCUGGACCCCUACACAGGCCCACACCAGGCUCCUGGCCUAGCCGACUCAAUGCACACCAAAGAGCCGCCGUCUUCGUCCAACGCCUACAGCACCUACCCUCUCUCUGGACUGAAUCCAAACAUGAAUGUAAACUGCAUGGAGGUCGGGGCUUUGUCCCUAAAGGAGCCCCCUCAGCCCCAAUCCCGCCUGUCCCAGUGGACACACUCCAACUCCAUGGACAGCCUCUCUGGCAACUCCUCAAACAUGGAGAACAACCUCAAUAAGCAUGGUGCCAUAUCUGCUGCCUCUACCCUGUGCCCCCCUGGUAAGCCCCUGCAGAUGGAGGACUCAUACAGCCCUUACAAUCUAAUGUCCAGCUCUGAGUCCCCCAACAGCCCCCUGGUGCCCUCGGACAGCUGGGGACAGGGCAAGAACCCCAACGAAAAGAUCUCCAAUGGGACCAACAUUAACUGGCCCCCAGAGUUCUGCCCAGGUGUGCCAUGGAAGGGCCUUCAGAACAUCGACCCUGAGAAUGACCCCAACAUGACCCCUGGCAGCGUCCCCAGCGGGCCCACCAUCAACACCAACAUCCAUGACGUCAAUCGAUACCUGCUGCGGGACAGGAAUGGAGCCACUUCUCCAACUCUGCCACUUCAGAAUGGCUCUCUGCCUCCAACCAGCAGUGACUGGCCAGUCAGUGGCUAUUCUAGCUCUUUCAUUCUGUCAUCCUCUGAUGGAGACGGCUCAGGUAAACUGUCUGACAUGAAAUCCACCUGGUCUCCAGGGCCCAUUUCCCAGAACCAAGCGUCUCUGUCACAUGAUCUGUGGAAAGUCCCUCAGGGGCCACGCAGCAACGCUGCCCCUUCCCGGCCCCCGCCAGGCCUUACCAACAAUAAGCCCUCUUCCACCUGGGGUGGCAACUCUCUGGGCCUGGCCCAAGGCUGGAGUGCCUCCUACUCCUCUGAGGGAACCACCUGGAGUACUGACAGCUCCAACAGGACCAGCAGCUGGCUGGUGCUGAGGAAUCUCACCCCACAAAUUGAUGGUUCCACUCUGCGAACCCUGUGCAUGCAGCACGGCCCCCUGAUCACAUUCCACCUCAACCUGACCCAGGGGAACGCUGUGGUGCGCUACAGCUCCAAGGACGAGGCUGCAAAGGCCCAGAAGUCUCUGCACAUGUGUGUGCUCGGAAACACCACCAUCCUAGCAGAGUUUGCCGGUGAGGAGGAGGUGAACCGCUUCUUUGCACAAGGCCAGUCGCUGGGAGCUAACACCACUAGCUGGCAGGCCAACCCAGGAGCUAAUCAAAACCGGAUGGGCGGGGCAGCUCAGACCCACUCUAUUGGCCAGUGGAGCAGCGGUGGCGGUGGAGGCAAACCCAGUGGAGGCGACCUGCUGUGGGGCGGUGUACCCCAGUACUCCAGCCUGUGGGGACCGCCAAAUGGAGAGGACGCCCGCGUGAUUGGGAGCCCAACUUCCAUUAACACCCUGCUGCCUGGAGAUCUGCUGAGUGGGGAGUCCAUGUAGGAUGAUGCCACGAUACACUAACCAACCAACUAAGCAACCAACCCACCACCACGUCAUGUAAGCCAUUGGUGGAAGGUGGGUUGGAAAAAAAUACAACAACAAAAAUAUGAACAGGAGCAAAACCCAAGCAAAUUAUGUGGCGAUAAUCAGUAUCAAUUUGAACUGUUUUGAACUGUGAAUAGUGAAUCAGAAGGCCGGGGUCCCUCCCACAUGGACUACAGACCCCAGUCUUUCUGUUUUGCUUUUGUCCUUUUUUUUUUUUUUUGUCCUUUUGGUUUAUUUGAAAAGCAUCGUAUAAAACAGACUGAAAUGAGACACAACACAAAGAAACCUUUCAAGUGUUUUAAGUUUUUCCAUAAGUAUACAUAACAUUCUAUGUGAAUUCUUUUUUUUUUUUUUUCUUCUUUUUUUUUUUAGGAGAAGCAAUCAAAGCUGCCAUCUGAGACUUUCCUUUUCCCUCCAAAAAAAAAAACAAAAAAUCAUCCCAAAAUAAGAAUUAAGACGACCAUUCCCAGCAUGUCCAUGGCCAAUGAUUUGGUUCAAAGACGUUUAGACUAGUCAACGUUUGUUUCUCAGCACUAAUAUUAGCCUUAAGUGCUCUCUGGCCCAGGUCCUUCCCAAGCCGCCUUUUUUAGUUUGUUUUGUAACUGAAGAAAUAGCUGAAAUCUUGCACAGUUUCACCUCUGAGCCAGCAAGUGGUACAGGAUAUGGCUGGUGACCAACUCUGUCACUGGGCAGUAAAAAGGCCUGGCCACGUGACUGGCCCUACCAAUCAUCAGCUUAAUUAUUUUAAUUUUGUAUUCUCAAAGGGAUUGACAAAGCUGUUAAAAUGUUCUUUUUUUGUAGGUCUAGACCCAAGCGCAUUUUUGAUAUAUAUCACAUAUAAGCUGAGAGAUUAUUUGUCAACCUUGCUGCGUGUCUCUGUUUCCGUACAUGUCUAUGUAUGUCCGGUGGCACCUAAUCAUUGACGUCGGCAAGCCCAGAUCCUACUGGUCACCUUAAACCCAGUUGCUUACUGGUGCUUUGUUGAAUUUUCUAUUGUCGGAUUUGUUAUGAAGCCCAUGGGCAAUGUGGUCUGCCAGUUUUCGGAGUAAAAAAAGAACACAAUUUCACCUUUUAGUUACAUUGUGCAAUAUAUACCAUAGACCUUUCUUCCGUCCAUACUCUAUGUCCACCGGAGCUGUUUUUUUUCUUUUCUUUAGUUUUUUUGAUUGUUGCUGAUUGCAGCAAAAGACUGGAACUUCAAAAAACCUUACCCCCUUUCAAAACUUGGAUCCCCUCCAGGCCGCCAAUCUCCCUGAAACUGUUGGGAAAACUCUGCAAAGAGGAAGAAGCAGCUGUUGAACUGUGCAUGCAGCAAAGUGUACUAAAUAGUGACAGUGGUACACAAUAAUGCACACUUCCUCUCUGCCACAGCCACACCCAACAGAGACUGAAUCUACUGCAGUGGGAUUGGAUGGUUCUGGGUAUCUGGCACAAUACCAAAUAAGGUUUCUCCUAAUGCAGUAGACCUACAAGUGUUCCUUGUGUUUGUUACUGUACAAACAAAGGAGACUAAGACUUUUAUAAAUUCAAAGGGUUUUAUCAUAGCACUUAUGAAGAGCAAAUCGCUUCAACUGCAAUCCAAUAAAUCAAAAAAAGAGCAUGAUAGACAUUGAAAACAAAAAGAAAUACUGCUCUCUUAUGUAAUAUAUCUAUUCCUUGGAAAUGUGUCUGGCGAUGUUCCUCUGGUAGCAGGAUGAAGGGAAACAAAACUGAAAUGUACCAUUGGGGGGGGAAAAAACUGCAGUCAAUGAAUUUUUUUCCUUCUGAACAAUAUCUAAGUGAAUAUCACUGUUACUCCAAAUGUUAAGCCUUGUUCUGUUUGGAAGCACUAGACUUGCAACGUCAGCUGUCUCUGACACCCGCUGGCCAGUCAGCCAGUCGAUGGGUGGGGAGUGGGAGUGUCCACUGAGUGCCUCUCUGCUGUGGUCCUCUGGGUGUCAAGCGGCAGCCCCACAGCGCAGCACUUCCUCCUGGGCUCCACUUGACCCUCUCUCAGUCUGGCAAGAAAUGCGGCUCCUCCAAGACCGGCCAAUCACGGUUCUCCGCCACACACAGCAUCUUCAACGGGGACCCGCCACCGCUCGACCCUGCUGUCGUCCUGCCCUCUCCCCCAUCUCUCAGUUCUUUGACACAAAGAUCACUUUAGCUGGAAGAUGUAAUAGUCCUAUUUCUGGAAUUUUUGCCAGUGUACUUUUUAUUUUUUUUGGAAAAGAUCAUUUUGACUUUAUUUUUCAAUGUGUUGUAUUGUUAUUUGUGUCUACAUGCAGUGGUCUACAAAACAAUGGCUGCUGAACUAGCCCUUCACUGUUCAUAUGCAGAAACACUUUGGUCAGAGGUGCCUCUGUAUGUUCAUCCUGUGUAUUGAAUGCAAAACGGGGAUCAAUACUACAGAGUUAUUGAUUGUCUAUUUGUUUAUAACUGAUCAUGCUUUGUGUUUGACAGUAUUCUGUAGUACUUCCAGGUAGUAUCUUUAGGUUGUGUAAAAAAAUAGGGUGUCUCAGACAGGGGUGUGGGUGUUUGUUGCUCUUAAACGUCUCCGCGUGCCCACAGGCUGUCCCCCCAGGCUGUCCCCCCUUGCCCUUUGCCUAGCUGCUACGCUAUGACCUCCUCUCACUCGUCACCUCAACCAGACCCAGUAGCCCUCCCCUGACCAGAGACCAACAGUCCCUCCUAUCUGUUUCUAUGCAAAAGAUUAGAGGUUGGGGCUCUUUUACAGCCAAACCUGACUCGGGAAUGAGCACUCCUCCCAGAGCUUGGCACACCCUAACCUUGUCCCCCGUGCGCUUCUGUCAGCACUUCAGAAUGGCCGCCGUUUCUGUAAAGUCAGGCUAAGCCGCCAGAACACUGUCAUAUACUUAAGACCGAACACUUUAUCAAAGGUCGGCCUUUUUCUCUGCGCUGAAGACACUUCUGUCCAGCUUGAUCUCAGGGUAGGGGAGUAGAUGAUACAAAGUAUAAGAUGCAGCUCUCCGUAUCUGUCCUUUCUACUGUGAGAGCAAAGUCUUAAAUUAAAAGGCCAUCUGCGCAACAAUAUGUACGGACCUCAUGCCUCGAACUUAAUCCUAAUUGGAAGGGAAAAGCCUUGUAUUGAAUUCUUUUCUCAAAAGAUGGUCUAUUGUUAAUGUUUCGGGGCCCAUUAUUGCGUGUAAAAGUUGGCAACGUAAUGUGCCAAUAUAAAUUUGCUGUGUCAUACUGUAUCUGUAUAAAGAGCACUUCUGUUCCCUGUUUCGAGGAGCUUUGAUAACCUUAGCAGAGGGUGCAGCGGGGGACAGGAGGGAUCAAACAAAUGGCGGCAGCAUCACACCCUUAAAUGACUGAGAUUUUUUAUUUUAUUUUAUUUUUUAUUUUAUUUUUAUGCUUUUGUGGAGAAUGCCCUAUGCUAACAAGAAAAUCUUUACUCAGUUGGGUUUCAGUUUGCUACAGUGCACAGUUGAUGAUGGGUAAUCCCGGGUACAUAUUUUUUUAAAACCAAAAAUGAAAUUGCAUUUUAACGUCAUUUUUAUGAAGUUUGACAUAAAAAUCUAAAAAAUGGUAAAAAAUCUAAGUGAGAAAAAAAAAAUCUAUAAUAUGAUAAAGCUCUGCACUUCUAGCUGAAACGUCUCUGGUCAUCAGGCUCUACUACCCCUAUCUAAAGGAGUAGAGUGGUGGCCGGGGUGCCUUUUUGUGGAUGCUGUAUUUAUCUUGUUUUUAUGUUUGUGUCCUGCUCAAAGCGGGCCCACUGAACUGUACAUUUCCACAGACCCAGAUGGCUUGGGCCCACUGUAUCAGCAUCACUCUCCUCACUCUGCAUCAGCAGGAGGGGAGGAGCACAUUUCAAGAGGUACAAAGUCUUAAAAACAUUUAAAAAAAAGAGUUAAAAAA